CCUGUAUUUGAUGCACAGUACAAUGCAAUCAGAGGCUGCGUUUUGUUCUUCGUGUCUGAAUGCGGUAUUUCCCUUGCUCUAACUGUGUUACAUCCUCUUCUGGGGGAAUGUACCACCAGAUGGUUUCUUUUCACUGAGCUGUCACAGGAGGGCAAGGAGCUCUGUCUGUCUGCGAGACAAAUCAGCUGCAUGCUAUAAUCUUGGGAGCAUCAACAGAAAGAAAUUUGUGAGCAGUGCAAAGAAAACAGGGACUAUCUGGGACAAAUUGUCCUGGGCUGAGCCACUUCUGAAUUCUCUGUUCUCAUGAGGACAACCAGAAGGGAGCUACAGAUGUUCCAGUGCUGUUCCCUGGACUAAGAUUAUCCAAGAGUGUGCUGCCAUGGCUGCCUUUUACCUUCUGUGUUCCUGGAGCUGGAUGUCCCUUCUCCAGGCUGAUACUGAGCGACUUCCUUCCCCUCAGCAUUCAUGAGAGGCAAUCGAGUGAAUGAGAACAGCAUAUCAGUACUUCCCAUAGGAUGGCAACACCAUUUUCCAGUUAUCUCUAGCUGCGUGUGGGAGAUUAAAGCGAUGCAGAUGGUGGUAUGAAGGAGAGAACAAUGAAAGGACCAAGAAGAGCUUGAGGAAAUGCAGAGGUGAGUGCUGGAAAAUCGGGUAACUUCAUGGGAAUGUGGGAAGGAGCCUUGAGACAAAACUGUGGCUGCAGAUUUUGACAGUAACCCCAGCUAGGGUAUGGCUACUGCGGCGUUAUAAAAGCAGGCACACACUGAGACCUCUGCUUUGUCACUCCGUGAUGGGGUUAUAGCAAUGCAGUGGCUGGGAAUCCUUUGCUGUGACUGAGCCAGCGGGAGCUGUAGUAGGGCUGUAGGUGUUGAGAUCUGAGUAGAAAAGGAUGAUAUUUUGACUGUGGGAAUACAUAGCCACAUUUUUCAGUACAAGUAUGCCAGAAAAAUUUGGGUUUAUUUAUGUACGAUUAACUGACUGUAGGAAAGUACCAGCAAUGUUUCUCAUCAGGCCUGUGCUCAAGCAACAGCCCUUUUGCCAAAAAGAAGCUAGCAAUUUGUAAGAUAUGGUUUGUUGAAAAGUAUACAUAGUUAUGGAGUCAUGUUAGUUAAUAAAAUGCUUCCUCAUUUCUCUGUUUCUAAAAGCAGGAAACAAGCUCAUGUUUGUGAUCUCUCACAAAAGGACAGUAGAGCUUUCACUUCUACUGCAGAAAUGGAGUUACCCUUUGAGAAACUAAAAGCAGGGCAAAGAUUUAAAUAAUUUCUCUGGGUUACUUCCUUCAAAUAGCCAAGUCUAGGUCCUGAGUUUUCCCAUAAUUGCUGUUACCUUGAUUUUUUCAAAAAGAGUUUGAUGCACGCAUCUUUUCUCUUGCAAAGUCUUUUUUUUCAUCUUCUGCAGGUAAAUCUGUGAAGCAUCAGUAAGAGGUCUGUAGCGAUCUGUGUGCUAGCUGCUCAUGAGUAGUGGGUGACUGGAGAUGAUGGGAAAAUGAGAUCUUGGGUUUUUAAAACUGGUUUGUAAACAGAAAUCCUUUUUGUUUCCAAAGCAUUUUUUGCUUUCUUCCUUUUAGAGUAAGAAUGACACUUGACAUGGGUCCUUCUUACAACUUCUGUUUUCAAAGAAAAAAAAGGCUUUUCUUCCCGUUUUCUUUGAAGGGACUUGCAUUGCAACUUGUGACUACCCACCAUUUCCUUUGCCUUCUUUUACUGCAGUGCUGAUUCCUUUUGCUGAAGAUGAUUCAGACAUGGGCAGUUCAGGCUGCAAUCCUUUCCUAGAUGAUCCACCUGAUUGGAGGGUCAGCUUAUAGAAGCGUGAAUGUGGAGGCUGGUCAUGAGGCUGUGUUGAAUUGCCCAUCAAUCUCCGAGCUGUCUUUGCUAAUGGUGACAUGGAAGAUGAAAUCCAGCACUUCUUGCUUUUUAGCUUAUAGAAGGGAUCUCAAUGAGUCAAGAAUGUUAAACUGCAGUGAGAGGAUGAUGUGGAUAUACUCACCCAAUCACGACCUAGCUCUACGUAUUUACCCUGUGAACCUGAAUGACGAGGGAAAUUACACCUGUGAAAUUGUCAGCAGUGAGGGGAAUUUUCUUUUUCUCUUUUCUCUGACUGUCAUAGUCCCUCCUACAUUGUCUCUGACCUCUGACAAGAACGGAGAGGCUGUUUGCCAAGCUAUUGCUGGAAAACCAGCUGCCAAAAUCUCCUGGAUCCCUGCAAGUAAUCACAGUGUUGAGAAAGAUGUCCACCACCUCAAUGGAACAGUGACCAAGGUCAGCUACAUAAGCUGGGUCAACAGCACACAUCCUAAUGUCACCUGCCUGGUUACCCACCCAGCUGUGAACCAGUCUCUCUCCCUAGAUCUGUCAGAUGAUUCCUCCAGGCUCCAAUAUCUCCAGAUUGGACUGUCUGCAAGUCCUGCUGUUGUCUGUGGUGCCGGAGUGACAUUAUGUUUGAUUUUAAGGCGCAGGGCUUCCCGGCUACAGAAGAAGGCACAUCAGUCACCAGUACAGACUGUGACUGAAAACUUCGGAUUCACAACUUUACAGCUAUACACACCUGUAAUGGGCCCUUACGUCUCACCAGAGGAAAUCUAUCAGAAUUAUAAACCACAAACUACAUUUAUGAGCUAAUUAACCAUGUAGGCACCAGCAGUCUAUACAAGCUCAACUAUUAAUUAUACUCGGUUACUUGAGCCUGUCCUUGAUCUAGCAAAUCUCUUAUGCACAGCAGGACAACAGAAUACUCUAAACUGACCAAGAAAAGCCUUUCUCCUUCCUGACAUGAAGGGAGCCAGCGGAGCAGCCUGUUUAAGUCACUGAUUCCUCUCUUUCUGUAAAUAUCAGUACAGUUGUUAAAACAUUUGAAACAUGUAAAGGCUGAGGUGGAGAAAUACACAUUUGAUUUUGAUUAGAGAAUAGGUUCUGAGGAUGUGCCAUUUCCCCUCACAUUUGUAAUUGAUACAUUUAUGUGACAGAGGAAAAGGCUUGCUGAAAAUAUAUCACUUCUUUGUAGACCACCUUAGCAUCUAGAUUCUCUUUCCAUUCUCAAGAUGGAAACCAGGAAGUGCCAUAAGGAGCCCUAAAAAAAAAAAAAAAAAGACAA